AUGCACCGCAACAAAAAAGAAUAAGUUGGAGAGUUUUAUAAGGUUUUGGCCUUAUCCAAAGAGCUUGAUGAAGUAGUCCUUCCUAUACUCAUAAAAAUAUUAAAAAAAGAGAGAAUUUAAGACUGCCUUGAAUUUCUCUCAUUAGAUCAAAAUAAAUUCCUUUUAGAAAGAGAAAGAUAAAAGGGAGAAAUUUUAUCUCUGUUUGAUACAGUAUAGACUUUCAAUGGGGAGAAGAACAUUAAGAGAAUAACGGAUGUUCUCAAAAAAAUUAAGGAUCAUGACUUUAAUACACAAAAUUACUCAAUAGAUGAUUAUGAAGAAUAUAAAAAGGAUCUAAUCAUAAAAAUAUCAUUGGAUAAGAAGAUUAUAGAAUUCCUAAAAUUUUUAGUUCAUCUGACUGCUUUAGAUGAGAGAUAUAUUUAGUGUGGAUCAAAUUCUCUUAAUUUACUGGUUUUAAUGAAAGUGGAUUUGAGGGAAUAAAGUUUUGAGAAUAUCAAAAUUAGAGAUACCUCUUUAGUUGGUGGAAAUUUUGUAAGAUGCUUAUUCAAUGGAUCAGAACUUGACAAUGUAGAUAUUAGUGGAAUAAACUUGAAUUAAGCUUAAAUGUUUAAUUGUAAAUGGAAAAAUAUCAAAAUACAUGAGUUAAAUAAAUUAAAUGGUCAUUGUAGAAAUGUCAAUUCGGUCUGCUUCUCUCCAGAUGGUAAGUCAUUAGCUACUUGUAGUGAUGAUAGUUUGAUUAUAUUGUGGGAUGUUAGAACUGGGUAAGAAAAGGGCAGAAUUAGGGGUAUAGGGGAGAUAAAAUCAGUUUGUUUCUCACCUAAUAAUACUACAUUAGCAUUCAGCAGCAGAGAAUUUGUGUAUUUAAUGAAUCUUAAAACAGGAAAGUAAAAAUUCAAAUUAGGAUUAGAGGGUUAGACUAAAAAGGUUAUGUCAAUCAAUUUCUCUCCUGAUGGUACGACAUUAGCAUCUAGUGGUGGAUCUGAAUAUGGUGGAGGAGAUUAUUCUAUCCGUUUAUGGGAUGUUAAGACAGGGUAAUAAAAAGCCAAAUUAGAUGGUCAUUCUGAUACAGUUAGAUCAGUCAUUUUCUCUCCUGAUGGUACGACAUUAGCAUCUUGUGGUGGAUCUGAAUAUGGUGGAGGAGAUUAUUCUAUCCGUUUAUGGGAUGUUAAGACAGGAUGCUAAAAAGCCAAAUUAGAUGGUCAUUAAUAAGCAGUUAGAGCAGUCAAUUUCUCUCCUGAUGGUAAUACAUUAGCGUCUGGUGGUAAAUCUAGUAUAGGAGAGAGAGAUUGUUCUAUCCGUUUAUGGGAUGUUAAGACAGGAAAAUAAAAAGACAAAUUAGAUGGUCAUUACUAAGUAGUUACUUCAGUCAAUUUCUCUCCUGAUGGUACUACAUUAGCAUCGGGCAGCUAUGAUAAGGCUAUUCAUUUAUGGGAUGUUAAGACAGGAUAGUUAAAAGCCAAAUUGGAUGGCCAUUAAUAUUAAGUUAAUUCGAUUUGUUACUCUCCUGAUGGUACUAUAUUAGCAUCUGGUAGUAAUGAUAAGUCUAUCCGUUUAUGGGAUGUUAAGACAGGAUAAUUCAAAGCCAAAUUAUAGGGUCAUUCAAAUUUUGUUAAUUCAAUUUGUUACUCUCCUGAUGGUACUACAUUAGCAUCUAAUAGUGGAGACAAGUCUAUCCGUUUAUGGGAUGUUAAGACAUUAUAAUAAAGAGCCAAAUUGAAUGGUCACUAUGAUACAGUUAGAUCAGUCAAAUUUUCUCCUGAUGGUACUACAUUAGCAUCUGGUGGUGGAUUUAAUUAUGGAGGGGGAGAUUGUUCUAUCCGUAUUUGGGAUGUUCAUACAGGAAAUUAAACAGCUAUUUUAUAUGGUCAUGAAUAUUAAGUUAAUUCAAUUUGUUACUCUCCUGAUGGAACUACAUUAGCAUCUGGUAGUGAUGAUAAUUCUAUCUAUUUAUGGGAUGUUAAGACAGGAAAAUAAAAAGCCUAAUUAUAAGGUCAUGUAUUUUAAGUGAAUUCAAUUUGUUACUCUCCUGAUGGCACUAUGCUAGCAUCUGGUAGUAAUGAUAAGUCUAUCCGUUUAUGGGAUGUUAAGACAGGAUGCUAAAAAGCAAAAUUAGAUGGCCAUUCAGAUUGGGUUAACUCAAUUUGCUACUCUCCUGAUGGUACUACAUUAGCAUCUGCUAGUGGAUCUAAUUAGAAAGGGGGAGAUUUUUCUAUCCGUUUAUGGGAUGUUAAGACAGGAUAAUAAAAAGCCAAAUUAGAUGGUCAUAAAUAAGCAGUUACUUCAGUCAAUUUCUCUCCUGAUGGUACUACAUUAGCAUCUGGUAGUUCAGAUAACUCCAUCCGUUUAUGGGAUGUUAAGACAGGAUAUUUAAACGCCAAAUUAGAUGGUCAUUCAAAUUGUGUUAAUUCAGUUUGUUACUCUCCUGAUGGUACUACAUUAGCAUCAUGUAGUAAUGAUAACUCUAUCCGUUUAUGGGAUGUUACGACAGGAUAAUUACAUGCCAAAAUAGAUGGUCAUUCAGAUUGGGUAAAUUCAAUAUGUUAUUCUCCUGAUGGUACUACAUUAGCAUCUGGUAGUGAUGAUAAGUCUAUCCGUAUAUGGGAUGUUAAGACAAGAUAAUAAAAAGCCAUAUUGGAUGGUCAUUCAUCAACAGUUUAUUCAGUCAAUUUCUCUCCUGAUGGUACAACAUUAGCUUCUGGUAGUUCAGAUAACUCCAUCCGUUUAUGGGAUGUUAAGACAGGAUAAUAAAAAGCAAAAUUAGAUGGUCAUUCAAAUGAUGUAAGAACAAUUUGUGACUCUCCUGAUGGUACUACAUUAGCAUCUGGUAGUGCAGAUAACUCUAUCCGUUUAUGGGAUGUUAAGACAGGAUACUAAAAAGCCAAAUUAGAUGGUCAUUAAUAAGCAGUUAGAGCAGUCAAUUUCUCUCCUGAUGGUAAUACAUUAGCGUCUGGUGGUAAAUCUAGUAUAGGAGAGAGAGAUUGUUCUAUCCGUUUAUGGGAUGUUAAGACAGGAAAAUAAAAAGACAAAUUAGAUGGUCAUUACUAAGUAGUUACUUCAGUCAAUUUCUCUCCUGAUGGUACUACAUUAGCAUCGGGCAGCUAUGAUAAGGCUAUUCAUUUAUGGGAUGUUAAGACAGGAUAGUUAAAAGCCAAAUUGGAUGGCCAUUAAUAUUAAGUUAAUUCGAUUUGUUACUCUCCUGAUGGUACUAUAUUAGCAUCUGGUAGUAAUGAUAAGUCUAUCCGUUUAUGGGAUGUUAAGACAGGAUAAUUCAAAGCCAAAUUAUAGGGUCAUUCAAAUUUUGUUAAUUCAAUUUGUUACUCUCCUGAUGGUACUACAUUAGCAUCUAAUAGUGGAGACAAGUCUAUCCGUUUAUGGGAUGUUAAGACAUUAUAAUAAAGAGCCAAAUUGAAUGGUCACUAUGAUACAGUUAGAUCAGUCAAAUUUUCUCCUGAUGGUACUACAUUAGCAUCUGGUGGUGGAUUUAAUUAUGGAGGGGGAGAUUGUUCUAUCCGUAUUUGGGAUGUUCAUACAGGAAAUUAAACAGCUAUUUUAUAUGGUCAUGAAUAUUAAGUUAAUUCAAUUUGUUACUCUCCUGAUGGAACUACAUUAGCAUCUGGUAGUGAUGAUAAUUCUAUCUAUUUAUGGGAUGUUAAGACAGGAAAAUAAAAAGCCUAAUUAUAAGGUCAUGUAUUUUAAGUGAAUUCAAUUUGUUACUCUCCUGAUGGCACUAUGCUAGCAUCUGGUAGUAAUGAUAAGUCUAUCCGUUUAUGGGAUGUUAAGACAGGAUGCUAAAAAGCAAAAUUAGAUGGCCAUUCAGAUUGGGUUAACUCAAUUUGCUACUCUCCUGAUGGUACUACAUUAGCAUCUGCUAGUGGAUCUAAUUAGAAAGGGGGAGAUUUUUCUAUCCGUUUAUGGGAUGUUAAGACAGGAUAAUAAAAAGCCAAAUUAGAUGGUCAUAAAUAAGCAGUUACUUCAGUCAAUUUCUCUCCUGAUGGUACUACAUUAGCAUCUGGUAGUUCAGAUAACUCCAUCCGUUUAUGGGAUGUUAAGACAGGAUAUUUAAACGCCAAAUUAGAUGGUCAUUCAAAUUGUGUUAAUUCAGUUUGUUACUCUCCUGAUGGUACUACAUUAGCAUCAUGUAGUAAUGAUAACUCUAUCCGUUUAUGGGAUGUUACGACAGGAUAAUUACAUGCCAAAAUAGAUGGUCAUUCAGAUUGGGUAAAUUCAAUAUGUUAUUCUCCUGAUGGUACUACAUUAGCAUCUGGUAGUGAUGAUAAGUCUAUCCGUAUAUGGGAUGUUAAGACAAGAUAAUAAAAAGCUAUAUUGGAUGGUCAUUCAUCAACAGUUUAUUCAGUCAAUUUCUCUCCUGAUGGUACAACAUUAGCUUCUGGUAGUUCAGAUAACUCCAUCCGUUUAUGGGAUGUUAAGACAGGAUAAUAAAAAGCAAAAUUAGAUGGUCAUUCUGGAACAGUUUAUUCAAUUUGUUACUCUCCUAAUGGUGCUAUAUUAGCCUCUGGUAGUAGAGACAAAUCAAUUCGUUUAUGGGAUGCUAAAACAGGAAAAUUAUAAGCCAAAUUAGAUGGUCAUUUAAAUUGGGUUUAUAAAGUCAAUUUCUCUCCUGAUGGUACUACACUAGCAUCUGGUAGUUCAGAUAAGUCAAUCCGCUUAUGGGAUGUUAAGGCAGGAUAACAAAAAGCCAAAUUAGAUGGUCAUUCAGAUUGGGUUAAUUCAAUUUGUUACUCUCCUGAUGGUACUACAUUAGCAUCUGGUAGUUCAGAUAACUCUAUCCGUUUAUGGAAUGCUAAGUCAGGAUAAUAAUAAGCAAAAUUAAAUGGUCCUUCAUCUACCGUUACUUCAGUCAGUUUCUCUUCUGAUGGUACUACAUUAGCAUCUGGUAGUUAUGAUAAGUCCAUAUAUUUAUGGGAUGUUAAGACAGGAUAAUAAAAAGCCAAAUUAGAUGGUCAUUCAGAUUGUGUUAAUUCAAUUUGUUACUCUCCUGAUGGUUCUACAUUAGCAUCAUGUAGUAAUGAUAACUCUAUCCGUUUAUGGGAUGUUAAGACAGCAAAAUUAGAUUUUCCUUUAUAGAAAGUUAUUUCAGUCAAUUUCUCUUCUGAUGGUAUAGCAUCUGGUAGUUCAGAUAACUCUGUCCGUUUAUGGGAUGUUAAGGCAGCCAAUGAGAUCUACUAUCAAGAUAGUCUCUAUAAACAAUAACUUUCCUAGUUCAAAUUGUCACUUUAAAGUCUUUCAAUUUUAUUACAUGGUAUUUUUGAUAUAUUUUUCUUAAGUUAAGUUUGAUCGUACAAUACAAAGCAUAUGUCAAAAUCCGAUUUUAGAGACUACAGACACAUUAAUUUUCAGAGGAGUUUUAGAAAAUUAUUAAGGUAAAAAUCUAAAACAAUUGUUCAAAUCUAAAGGAUGCUUGAUAUUAGAAAACUUAAAACAAUUUAAAUAAAAUUGAUGAUUAAUAAAAAUUAUGGAAAC